AUGAAGAUAAUGGUUAUUCUUGUUUUACUCUUUAUUUUCUUAAGUGUGAUUUAUGCUCAAUCACUAUAUAAUCCUCACCCUCGCUAUAAUUCAAAUUAUUAUGGAAGACGCUACGCAAUAUUACGCCAAAACCACGAACAAAAUGUCGAUGGUUCAUAUCUAUAUAGUUAUGAUACGGAGAAUGGUAUCUCAGUGUCAGAGCAAGGUAGAUCCUCGAAAAAGGGUCAUCAAGUAGAGGUCGUGCAGGGCCAAUACAGUUAUACGGCUCCGGAUGGUAGCCCCAUUCUUGUAACUUAUGUUGCCGAUGAAAACGGUUUUCAGGCGCGCGGCGCCCACUUGCCCACGCCUCCACCUAUACCUGUGGCUAUACAACGUGCCCUCGCCUACAAUGCCGCCCAUCCAGAAGAGGAUCAUUAUCGUGCCGCCUCUUAUUCUAAAUCCAGCUAUUAACUUUAUGAAUUGCAUUGUAAUUAACUAAAAAACAAGCUGUA